AUGAUCGCAUACCCGCUCAAUCUCCUCUUGGCUGGCUUCGUGUUCUUCGGCGUGAGAUUGGUCGCGAACGUUCUACUCGACGCGCUGUUCCCGUGGUGCGACCACCCAGCGGAGUGCUUCGACUACGCUUUCGAGCUUGGAAGCACCAUGGAUGUCAACCGGGAACCUUGCGACAGCCUGUACGACCACACGUGCGCCUUCUGGAAGCUGAACCAUCCGGGAUUCGAAAACCAGUUCGCACUCGUCGGCAAGAAGGUCAGGGUGCAGCUGUACAGAUACCUCGAAGCCGCUUCUCUGGCCCACUCUCCGAGUUCCAUAAGAGACAAGACGGUGGCGGCCUUCCGAAAGUGCCAGGAGGUCCUCGCCGGGAGGACAGAACAUCUCCACGUCAUCGGGGACGUCUUCAAGAGGUUGUCAUUUGAGUGGCCCUCGCUGAAGCUGCCGCAAAAUUUCGACGCCCUCGACGCCAUCGUAGCCCUGUCGCUUGAUUACGGUCUUGGGUACGUGUUCACGAUCGAGCCGAUGCCCUACCUGAAGACGGACAGCCGGUACGCACUCGUACUCGGCACGAGAGCGUCUCCUUUCGGAAAUUCGGCGCUGAAUCCCGCCAUCAUCAAAAGGUGCGUCGAAGUUGCAAUGCCGAAAGACUCCGAGAUCUCCGCCUCGAUGGUAGCGCGCCGCAUAUUCUCGGGCAUCACCCAAAUCCUGGUUGUUAAGGUCCUCGCUGAACGCACUCGACGCCUCUUACACCACUACGUAAAAUUCGAGCGCAUCGGGAACCUAACGUCCCCGACCUUGAACGCCAGCCAAUGGCUGACCGCCAUCAACAACCACCUGGACGAUGACAGGCAGGUGGAUCUCGACGAGGACGUUCUGCUGGUGGACGCGUCACUACCCCUUAUCCUUAAGGACGCCCUGCGCCAGGAGGCUACAACGGUGGACCUUAUGCUGGCCGUCGGUUGGGCCAUUGUUGAGAAGCUCUCUUUCGGCACGUCCUAUUCCCAGAUCGACUGUUCUUUCAGGUCAGACGUCCUGUCGGCGAGCGCGGGCUGUCUCGGCCUCGUCAACGAGCUUUUGCCCUUCCCACUGGCCCGGUUCGUGUUUGACGACAUCCAGCCGGCAGGGGCGACCAACGCGACCUCAAAGAUGAUGUCCAAAAUCCGCGAGGCCACUAAGAAGUCCUUCGAGGUAACGUCCUGGAUGGACCUUUACACGGCGAAGGGCGCCAGAGAACGCGUCGAGUCCGUUGUAGACGUGGUCAACUUACCUGACCACCUCUCGACGUGGGAGAACCUCGACGUCGCGUACGAGUUUGUGUCACCCUUCAACGGGACGUCCUUCGUCGAGGGCUACCUGGAGACCAGGCGGAACGCCCUCCAGGCCCGCAAGCGGCUUCUGGUCAACGGCACCGGGGUCCCUGUCCGCCGCGAAGCGAUCGCGAUCUCAAUGAUCGACACCAACGCUUACUACCUUCCGAUGCUGCACCUUAUGAUCAUUCCAGGUGGCAUCUUGUUCCCGCCGUUCGUUGUCGAGUCCGCACCGGCCGCCGUCGACUACGGCGGCAUCGGUCGUGUCUUGGGACACGAGCUCACGCACGCUUUCGACAGACUCUACAGCCACGUGUCCAGGACGGGCGAGGUCCACGACUGGUACAGCAACAACUCCUGGCGGGCCUUCGAAAACAAGCUGCAGUGCGUCGAAGACAAGGUGUCCAAGGCGACGGGUAGCGAGAGCUGGGCAAAAAGCUCCCUGUCGGAAGCAUUCGCCGACAGCGCUGGUGUAGAGAAGGCUUACCUCGUGUACGAGCGGCUUGCCUCCAAGGGUGCGGGCAUGCUCGGCUACUCUCCGGAGCAGUUGUUUUUUAUCAGCGGCUGCUUGAUCUUCUGUGGGAAGGAGAGGGUAGGCGUGAGCGUCACAAGAAUCUACACGCCGGUGUACCUGCGCUGCGACCUACCGGCCGCCAACUUGGAUCACUUCGCGGAAGCGUUUCACUGUCGCCGGGAGGCUCCGCUGAACCCGAGGAACCGCUGCGAUUUCCACUGA